AUGGCUUGGACGGUAGCAGAGGGCGUGACUUCCAAGACGGAGCGGAGUUUGGAGCACCGUGGUGAAAUCAGCGGCAGCAGGAUUAGUGAUACGUGCACAUCCAAACAGAAUUACAUGGAUACCUCUGUAUCAGAAGAGAGUGACUCUGCUAGCAGCAGCAACGCAGAGGAGAAUCACUCCAAGACCGUUUGCAAAACCCUCUAUGAAUGCACAAGUCUGGAGUCUGACUCUGAAUUUGAUGAGGAACUCUGCAAGAAAGAUAUUGAAGAACUUUUGAAUACCAAUCCAGAUGUUUUCAAACACUGUAAACUUGUAAUGGAAAGACACAAUAAGGCGUAUGCCAGGCCCCUCGACGAACCAACACUCUGUAUCAAAAUCUCUGGAAGAGAAAAUGUGGGCAGGUCUUUUCCUGGAGAUGAUGUCUGUGUAGAGAUCUUGAACAGAGAACAGUGUCCGCAGGAAGGUGAAAUGUUAAAAGGGAGGGUUGUCGGACUAAUAAAUAGAGAUGAAAACUCCCUAACCUUCAUCUGUAAGAUGGUGGAAGGCAACCCAAAACUUGUUACACCUGUUAACAAACACAUGACCAGAAUACGAACAGUUCAAACAAAGCCUGACAUGGGGAUAGUUGAACUACGACAAUACAAGUGUGGACGCUGGGUCAGAAAGGAAUUUGUAAAUAUUGCUGAGAAUCAAAUGUUGAUAGUCAAGGUUAUAAAAUGGGAACAUGGGAAAACAUACCCUCUCGGAGUGGUUACAAAUGUAAUUCCAGAGUGUGAUGCUUUGGAUGAAAUGCUAUACAUUGAACUUGGCUGUAAAGACACACCUCCACCAUUCAAACUACAACGUGAAGACGAUAAGGCUUUAGACAGGAUGAAUUUGUGUGACAUUAUCACUUUCACCAUUGACCCACCUACAGCUGAAGACCUGGAUGACGCCAUUAGUGUGAGUGAAAUUAACUGUGAUCGCUAUCAGAUUGGUAUUCACAUUACAGAUGUCGCAAGUUGCAUUUCCAAAGAUAGCGAGCAAGACCAAUUCGCUAGACUGUGUGGCAAAACAAUUUACACUCCAGAGAAGGGAGACGUGACCUUCAUGUUUUCAAGAGAGCUGAGCAAUGACCACUUGAGUGUUUUGCCUGAAAAGAAACGGAAAGCCAUAUCCCUGCUGAUAGACAUUGACAAGAAAACAAGCAAUAUACUAAACUUUGAUUUUGCUGAAACCCUGAUUAUAUCUGACAGACGGAUGUCAUACGAAGAGGCUGACCAAAUUAUUCAGAAGUACUGCUUGGAUGACACUGAGCCUCUGCGGUUCUCUUGCGUGGAGGAUUGUGUAGCUGUCGCUUACCGUUUCUCCGAAGAGCACCGAAAAUGCAGGCUGGAAGAUGGAUGGCUGUUUGGGAGGCAGGCAGGGCAAAGUUGCUCUCAUGCAAUGGUGGAGGAACUAAUGAAUCUCUACAAUAGUGCUGCAGCUGAAGAACUCAUAUCUACAGACGUCACAAGAGAUCUCACACCACUGAGGUGCCACAGGGAGCCGGACUCAGAACAACUAACUCAGUUUAAGAAGAAAUACGUUGAGCUAAUUCCCAUGUCGCCUUACUUUUCAAAUAUCUGUGAAGUAGAUACUGAACAUAGUGAAGAGCAUGUUUGGUCCAAUCCACAAUAUGAAAAUAUGGAGCACAAUGGCAUACCAUUUAACAUAUUCACAUCCAUAUUUCAAAAGAUGGAAGAGUUUGCACAGAGCAAAGACUAUUAUAAUCUGAUGCAGUUAAUUUUUUCGGAUGAAAUCCAUCCGACACUUAUCCCUAUGGUGCGGGAGUUUCGUGACAUUCAGAAGAAAGCUGUCAUCCUUCGGUCAUGUUCCUCAACGGAUUCCAGGUUGGGUCACUAUGAUUUACGGCUGAACGCCUACACCUGGGCGUCAUCUCCUAUGAGGCGUUAUCUGGACCUUAUCUUGCAGAGACUUCUGCACACCAUGCUGUCUAAGGAGAUCCUAAAGCAAGCUGACUACACUCAAGUUGAAAUCAAUAGGUUCUGCCAAACUGGCAUGGAUGCAGAAGAGAAGUAUGAUGCUCUGGUGUUGAGACUAAAAAAGGUUCAGUUUGAACCCAAAGAUGUGGUUAAGCUUGCGGUGGUGGACCAGCUCACUCCACAGGGGCAUGAAUUCACAAUAUCAUUCCCACUACAUUCUAAGUUAGACGUCAUCACCAUCAUGUACAAGCAACUUAAAGUUGUGGAUCAGCCAAGUUACAACAAGGAAAAGAACGCCAUGACCCUUCAUUGGAAGAGAAGAGUGUAUUCAUUCAGUGAAUCAUUCAAGAAUUCGUAUCCGUUAAAGCCCAUGAAGAAUGUGACAUCAGUGUCAAGCAACUUGUGGAAAAGACUGGUAUCUGCUGUGAAACAGCAGGAUUGGGUUAAGAUUGAGCAAUGCCUCCAAGACAUGAAAAAAGGGGAGGAUGAAGAAAAGGAAAGUGUGACAAAUGAGGCUUGUUCAACAGAACAACGCCAUUAUAAGGAACUAACCAUGGAGCUGAAGUUAGGCACGGUUGUUCAGGUGCAGCUUGGGACUGAACUCAAAGAUGGCUUUCCAGUUCCUGUAGUUCAACUUCUCAGUGUUAAUCAAUGUUUUGAGAUCUGUUUGGAGCACACGAGAAACCCUAUUGAUUGUUUUUCCAAAACAGUGUGCAAUGCAUCAAAGCCUUUCUAUGAAAGCUACAAUGAGUACCAGAACAUCUGGAGCCAACUAUGUCAGAUAGACACCGCUUACAAUGCUUUGGAAGAAAAUAACAGCAUCAUCUUAGAGGGUGUUCACUAA